AGAGAGGGGAGAGGGGGGGGGGGGAGGCUAAAUAGUGUCACUGCAUCUUCUAUCUCUCAAGAGGAAUAAUCAGCAAGGUUCACUUGGCCACUUGAAGUUGUUUAUUGAGAGCCUUGGCUGAGUAGCGCAGAAAUAUUCUGGAAGCAUGUCCGAGAACGACACUGAUAAUUUAGUCAACAGCGGCAAAAAUGAGCCUGGCAAGAGCAAACGGAAUGUUUGCCGAGACUUUCUGCGCAAUGUCUGCACUCGUGGUAAGAAUUGCAGGUACUUCCACCCUGACAAUGUUGAGGCCUCCGACCUUGCCGACAUAAGGAACGACACUGAUAAUUUAGUCAUCAUUACCAAUGACGAAGCUGGCAAAAACAAAUCGUACAUUUGCCGAGACUUUCUGCGCAAUACCUGCAGCCGUGGUAAGAAUUGCAGGUAUUUCCAUCCAGAUGAUAUUGAGCCCUCUGUCCUCGCUGAUGUAAGAAACGACAUUGAUAAUUUAGUCAACUUUGGCAAUGAUGAGGCUGACAAAAGCAAUCUGAAUAUAUGCCGAGACUUUCAGCGGAAUCUCUGCAAUCGUGGUAAGAAUUGCAGAUAUUUUCACCCAGAUGAUAUUGAGGUCUCCAACCAUGCUGACCUAAGUGAUGACGCUGAUAAUUUCGUGAAUAAUAGCAAAUUUGAUGCGAGCAAGAGCAAAAGGAAUGUUUGUCGUGACUUUCUGCGCAAUGUCUGCACCCGUGGUAAGAAUUGCAGGUAUUUUCACCCGGAUAAUGUUGAAUCCUAUGAUGUAGGUGAUAUGCGGCAUGAGUCUAUCUUUUGUCAGUACUUUCAAAAUAGCAAAUGUACCCGUGAGAACUGCACGUUCAUUCACGGGACAAAGGGUGAAGAGAAUUAUUACAAUAAAACAGGAAAGCUUCCUUCCCACUUACAAAAGACAGUGGCUGUGACAUUUGGGCUCUCGCCCUCCAAUUUGCCUCUUAUUACAAAGGAAGUCCCAUUCUGCCGUGACUUUCUAAAAGGCAAAUGUCGAAGAGGAUCCAAGUGUAAAUUCCAGCACUUGAAACGCGAUGACAAUGAUAAGACCAGUAUAGAAAAUGUGUCACAAAAUAAAGAAGCUUCUCCUGAGAUCUGUAGAUAUGACCGUUUGGAUGACCUGUAUGAGACGGAGAAAUGUGAUGUUGACCAAACUCCAAAAAGGAAAAGAACGGAGGGUCUACGGUUUGAAGUAUUUGAUUACAGCAUCCCCAAUCUGCGUCCAGUUGAAAUGAAUUUUUUGGAGGAGGAAAACCAUAUGCUCAGAAUGCGCAAUGAGGAGCUUAAGAAGCAGGUGUCAAGCCUAAAGAUUACAAAUGAGGUACUUCUGGAGCAAAAUGCUGAUUUACGCAAGCAAGUGAAACUGGGGAUCCUGACCACAGGGACUGACCCAACACAAUCACCAGCUAUGCACGCUGUUACCAAUUAUAAUCAUAGUAUAGUGGAGACUCACACCACCCUGAGCAACCAGGUCGUGAGAUCACAGUCUAUUUCUCAUCAAGAAUUGAUAGCGCAAGCUAGAGCUCAUAAUGCUUUAUGUUCUGAAGCUACAUCCCAAAGUCCACCCUGUCUUAGUGCUGCUCUCUCGACACCUUAUGCCCAAGGGGUGGCUUCACCAGUUUCAAUCGCAAUUGCCAUCUCAGUUGCACCAUUGGCAGUGACGCAAUCGCUCCCAGAAAUUGCCAUGAAUUAUACCAUCACUCAAAUGGUCAGUUAUCCAAAUGCAUCACAAAAUAUGAAGUUCCUCUGUCGUGCAGAGGAUAGUUGAGAUUAGAAGGCAUUUAAUUUGAAGCUUUACAAGAGAUUUCUAUUUCUUAUUGGUUCCCAGGGCAAUUGCAAAAAGUGAGUCAAGUAUGAUUGUUAAAGAGGGAGUCUCACCAUCACCAACCCUUUUGCAAAGUCAAAAAUGAAAUGAUGAGAAUUUGUGUUUUCUGUCUCGUUUGUUGCUGUUUAACUCGUCUGGAGAACAGGUUGCGCAGAAUUGUACCUCAGCAGUAGUAGCAAAUGGAAGUUGAAACGUGCUUCAAUUUGCAGCCAUAUAUGUCGCAAAUUUCUUUUGGUGGGGGGGAAGAAAGAUUGAAUUGAACUCAAGUUUUUGAAUUCUUUGAAACCUUUUUUUGAUUUGCUCAUGUUGUAAGCUCUGGUGCAAAUGAAAGCAAAGUCUUUGACAGCGCAUUGCAAUGCCCACACCAACUCAAGCUUUCCAACUGCAGCAGCAGUGGGAUAAGGUUUUGUCUGCAAAUAUGGCUGCUUUCUUUUGCUCAUGUAAAAUUGGUUUCAAUCAACAUCAAAACAUCAACUUUCUAAAAACACUUGUACAUGCGCUUAAAGAGCAUUGUGCCUUUACAACUUUUUUAAUCGCUUUUUUUUAAGACACAAAAUUAUUAUAAAACUACAAAAAAUUUACCCUCAUUCACUUCUUCAUACCACCCAACCAAAAAUAUAAUCCUCUGCUGCUUUGAUUGUGGUCAGAGCAGAAAUUAAAGAAUGCAGAAAAUGACGCCAUGGCUCCCUUUUCUCCCUCUUGUUGGAGAACUGUCUUGCAGCAUAAAUGCAAUUAGUGUAAUGGAUGGGAUUUAUAUAGCGCCUUUCUAGAUACUCAAGGCGCUUUACAUCGCAUUAUUCAUUCACUCCUCAGUCACACUCGGUGGUGGUGAGCUACUUCUGUAGCCACAGCUGCCCUGGGCAGACUGACGGGAGCGUGGCUGCUAAUCUGCGCCUACGGUCCCUCCGACCACCACCAGUCACUCUCACACAUUCACACACAGGCAAAGGCGGGUGAAGUGUCUUGCCUAAGGACACAACGACAGUAUGCAUUCCAAGUAUGACAGUUUUACCCACAGAUGGAGGGAAUGCAAAACUAUAACAUAAUGGUGUCUUUGUUUAAAUGUAGCAAUGAGCCAGGCAACCACUUGGGGCUAAUUUCCAUUGAGGGUACUGGAAGUAAGAUCCCUAAUGCACCUUGGGUUAAUAAGAGCAGCUACCGAUGAUCAUCAAGUUCUUUUCAGAUGUCUUGCUCCAAAAUUUCUCAAAUUUCUCACUCUAAACUACAAAUUGUAUUAAUAAUUUAUAUGAAGCAAAAAAAACAACGUUAUCUUCUACAAGGUAUACUGAUGGCAAGACUUCAUAUAAGUCUGUUAAAUACAGAAAUCUGCAAAAAUAACUGAUGGAGUGAGGGGCUGUGUCAAAACAGACAAUUCAAAGUGACCGUGAAUAAACUUUCCCAUCCUCUUAACAUUGUAAGAUUAUUUUUUUUGGUUGAUUACUGAUGUAUUUUAAAACAUUUUUAAACUGAUCCUAUGCCACAAAUUUCUCUUUUUAAUCUGAAAUUACAUUUGGGAUUAUUACUGGGAACAAAAUAGUAAUAUCCCCUACUUUACCAAGUAAAAGUAUUCUGAUCUUUUCAAACAUUUUUGUAACCAGCCCAUUUCUCAGUAAACGUGUGUGGAAACGUUUUUUUAAGAAAGUCAUGUACGUUUAGUGUUUUCCUAAUUAAACACUCACUGUGCUUCUCAAGUCUUCAAGUAACACGUUAUAUUUUUUGCAAAUAGUUUUUCUCUAAUCAUUGCAUUUGUUAUUCACACCUUGACUAUAUUUUUUAUUUCAAAGCUGUGCAAGUCCUCUGUAGAUUGGGCUACAAAAAGCAUUUUCAGAAAUAAAAUGAGUACAUGUUCACCAUAAACAGUCACUGAGGCCACCAAGGAUAUUAAAGUGAAGCAAGAAUAAUUGGGGUGCAAGCUUCGAAAGCAGAGUUAAAUGUAAAUGUAAUACAUACAGAUUUGGUUUGGUGCCUGGAACGUGGAGACUAGGUGUUGGUCAAUAAAUAAGCAGGACCAGAAAAGCAGCAGAAGAUGUGGAGAAACAAUUGCUAGUUUCUUAUAUUUGAUGUAUUAUUGGAAGGUUGAUGCUCAGCACUUGUAAAUUGCCAUGCCGUUUUCUCAUCUGGCUGGGAUGCUCCCUGUCAGAUGCCUCAUUGUACUAGCUCAUUGUCAGUCAGGAUUCGGGGGGUGUCUGCUGUUUCCUGCGUUCACUGUGUAACAAUUAAGUUGCAAAACCAAUGAGAGAAAAUAAAUACACAUUCAUAUAAAAACUCACUAUAUAGAUGCUAUAUAGUAUAUGUAAACGUGUAUAUAUGUGAUUUGUAUAAAAUAUAUUUUAUUCAUGGACAGUAUAAACAUGCAUCAACGGUUAUUAUCUAACUAUUCCUGUUGAAAAUGCUUGUGGAUGGUGAGGAUAUAAUCUGACUCUGCAAAAUAUGCUACCUGGGCUCAUGAAUUUAAAUAGCUUGACCACAUUGUGUCUGUACCUUUUGAAUGAAAAAUAUGAUAAUAGAAAAUUGCCAGAGAAAAAAGGGGAAGUCUUGUAAUGAAGCACACAUUAGAAAAGCAGAAUGCAGCAAAUAACCUGGCAUUUACUAUAAUGUCCUGACUGGUUCUCAAUUUAGGUGUUAAUUUAUGACUGAUUUGCAUGACUAGUGCAUAAUUGUGCCCAUUUAAUUUUUCCUUGCUCAAACAAAAUAUACCAAUGAGUAAGUUGUAAGGAGGAGGUAUGAGUUAGUGAUAUUCUAAUGAUGAACCUAUUCCUGCAUAUUACUGUCAUAAUGUUAAUUUUGCAAUUUUUUAAUUAAAACUUUUAAUCAAUAUUUUUGACUUGGAAGACAAUAGAUUUCUAACUUACCACAAUGUGCGUGGGAAGUUAUAUGUGAUGGUAUUUCUGCCAGUCAGUCAGUGAUAUUGAAAAUAGACUUUGUGGGGAGGGAUUAAAAGGCCAACACCAACAGUGAGAUAUUUGGCACAUGUGCUUCUGUAAACCAUGGUUUUAAAAUACAGCUAACACUUUACUAUAUUGAGAAUCCCUGAGAUUUUACAACACAGCAACUAACGUCCAAGAUUAGUUAACUGCGGCCAAAAAAUCCAAAACUACAGCAAUUCAAGAUAUGUUUUAAAAGCCCAGUAAACCCAUUUUGUCCGUUUUUGAACUGAUGCAUUGCUAUUGUAAAUACCUAUUGUCAAUGAUGCCUGAUGUUCAUGAAAAGUUAUGAUUUAUUGAGAACUUGCAGAUGUUUUACUGUUGGUAUCCUGCAAUUGGUGAACACUAUGUGUAAAUACUAUAAACUAUGUAUUAAAGUGAAUGUACAGUGAUGUUGUCAGUUAUAUUGUUUGGAUUAAAACUGAUUCAGGACCAGAAGUGGUGAGUUUACAUUCUUUUUGAAGGAUUCAACUGGACUUGGAAGACAUGUUUUAAUUGUGUUUCUCCAUUGGGGUACACAUGAUGUUAUUUUUGAAUGAACUUUGAGUACAACUGUAGCUGACAGUUUUCUUUUGUAUCUUGAUAUGUGUAAAUUGUAAAUGUAUUUAAACACAUUAUGAUAACAUUUAAAAAGCACUAUUUCCACAGAGUAUAACGAGUACACAUGUUGUCAGUUAAUUUAUUUUUAGCCCUUGACAUUGGUAAUUAUUUCAAUUUAUGAAGGGUAUUUUCACAUGAAGCAGAAAAAUAAUCUGGGCUGUUUCGCAAGUCUGCUUUGAUUUUGAUCUUGAGAAAACCCGCUAACUAUGGUUCAAUGUCCACAUGCUAUAUACGGACACAAUCAUGGAAGGUGUAAAUUGGGGGGGAAAACAACAAAAUCUGUAUAGAGAAAGAAACCUGUACAUGCAGUCUUGCCCCCCACCCCUCGUACAAGCCAUAAAACCGAGAGAAGGAACUGGACAGCGAUCAAAUGCUUCCUCAGAGUGAAAUUAUAUGGGGUCAGCGGAAGAAUAUGUCUCCAAGAUGUUCUGUGUGCCAGCACCAGUUUCAGCGCAGUACAAGUAAACGCUGGGCGCAGGACAUUCACUUUUUAAUCUAUAGAUGCUGUAAUGCACAAGACCUUUUAUAGAAAAAUCAGUUUCUUGCUGAACAAAUGGAGAAACAAAUUGUACUUCUGUUGGAUGCUGGUGUGUGUAUUUCCGUUUUUAAUCACACCAUUCUCAUGAAAUUGAUUCACUGGAUUUCAAAGUAUUGUAAAUAAUUAAUUCCAUUUACCAAUGUUCUGAGAUGCCUUUUUGGUUUUCUACUCUGCAUAUGAAAUCCACUUAUUUGUAUUAACAUAUUUAUACUUUUUCUUCUGGAAUAAACUUGAAUCCUUGCAUAAGCCGGGGUCAGGGAGAUGGCUCAAUUAAUUGACACAAAAAGCUGGAGUAACUCAGCGGGAC